AUGUCGCAAAAUAACAUAGCAAGUUCUUCUGUCUCAUAUGAAAAAGCAUUGGAAAAUUUAAAAAACAAUCCAUUUUUCGAUAAACCUUAUUCUAUCGCUUCGGAACAUGGAAAACCUAAAUUAGAAAGUUCACCAUUUACAAAAACGAAAAGCUUAAACGAUAUAAUGAAAGUCGAUUUAUUAAUGGAUAAAACACCUGAAGAAAUCAAACAUAUUUGGAUAGAUUAUCAUAGGAGUAAAGAUGUUGUUACAAGUGUUGUACCCAAAGAUACAUAUUUAGUAAUGCAUGAGAGGGGAAAAGAAUUUUCAACAUUUCUUCUUCCUUUACCAAGGAGUCAGGGUUAUGAAUUUAUCGUUUGCCAAUUUUUAGCUCACGAAGUUCACUUUACACCAUUAAUCGCUUAUCAAACUCAUAAGGAAAAUGCACCUGAAUGUUUGACUUUAACUUUUUAUCCUGAUUUAGUAAAUGAAAAAGGAAUUGUUUUAAUGAAAGGAGAAUUUAACACUGAUAUUUUAAAUUGUCAGGAAGCUCAGUGUUUGGUUAACGAAUUACAACUUUACUAUGCUCAAAACAAUGAAAAACGAUUAAAUUUAUUAAAAAAAUUUACAUAUUCACAAGAUGAAUUUGAUCACAUGGAUUUAAUAAAAGAACUGGAAACUUUAUCUUUGUAA